ACAUUUUUCAUAGUGCCACACAUUGCUGAAUGUCAAGUCACUCAAAUCAAGCAUGGUGGUGAAAGAAGAAUGGUUGAUUAAAUUGAUAGAGAUUUUGAAUUGGUAUCUUACAAUUCUCAUCCAUAUUAAUUGUUUACCUACUCUGUUUGGAAUUAAUAUUUAGCCAAUCAACAAGAAGCUUAUGAAUAGAGAAAGAAUGGUGGCUAGGCUAUUGAAGAUCAAGUGAUCGAUCAUAUUAGGUAUGUAUUUUGAGUACUAUUCCUAAGCGAAUUGGUGAAGGAUGAAAAAGCUAAAUUGGGAGCUGGAAAACAAUUGAGCAUUGAGAGAACAGCAGAGAUUGUUAUGAAUGUGAUGAGACAAUUGAGAGCAGCCUAAUAGAGACCCAAUCUUAAUAAUAGGUAAAGGUUUAGUACUUAUAGGGAAGACGUGCUGACGGAGAAUUUGAUGAUUUCCUUGAGUAAAGAAGACCAUUCACAGCUCCAAAUAACUAAUCAGCUACUCAUUGAGCUGAUUAUAUUAAAAACAAUAUAUAACAACUUAU